CGUCCGCCGUCUAACGCCUCCCUCACAGUCUCGAUGAUGUAGAUUCUCGCGUAGCCGUUCAUCUCCUCGUCAACAACGUACUUGAAGGCCUACGUCCCCGACGCCACCUCCAGCACCACCACGCCGAACGCGUACACAUCGGAUUUCUACGACACACCCCCCAUGGAUUGAAACUCUGGCGCCAUGUAUUUUCUGGUACCUUUAAACUUCAUCUCCUUACGUUUCGAUUCAAAAUCCACAUCCGAUUCCGAAUUCCUCUUCGCGAUCUCGCCACAGAGCUCCAUCGUGCCAAGUGGAGGAUCCGGUACGAUGAUGCUGGAGGCCUUAUGUGGUUGUGGACGAAAUCGAAGCCUAGACCUGUAGAAUUGUGAAUGUAAUCGAGACCGGAAGCGAUAUCGGAAACAAUCUGAACUCUGAGCAUCCAAUUGGAGAGAAUCGUGAAAUUAGGGUUUCGAGGAUUUUUGAGGGCGUCACGGAGAUUGGAACCGCGACUCCCUUCAGAGGAAUCAAGCUCGAGUGGUAACUUCUGCAAAUCUUCGGCCGCUUAGAGUUCAUAUCCAUUUGCGCAAUUGAGGAUGAACAAAAUCAGCAGCUCUGCCCACAUUUUCAGUAGUGCUCUGUUCGUAUACCGUCCUCUGCAAGGCUGCAAGGCUGCAACUGAUAUGCUGUGAAGUGAAAGAGUGGGUGGUUGUUGUGUUGCAGUUUUAAUUAAUAUCUGGAACUGAUGUCUUGCAGUUGGUGCAGCACAUAUGGGCGGGAACUUUUUCCUUCUGCUGUUGUAAAUAGGAGGAUAAAGAGGCCAUCCCUAAAAAGGCAUUGGGAUCUCAAUACUGAUUCUUAAGACGCAUUGAUAUACUCUUAAUUCCAUAUUCUCAUUCUUUCUGGAUUGCUAUAUCCAUCAUUUGGUACUCUCAUUGAGAACUGUGUGAGAAUUUUGAAAGAGCAAUGACAAGACAAAAAACCAAAAACAAUGUUGGACCCCAUCCUUUGGCAGGAGGGAGGGCUCUUCCCAUUCAAGCCAUGAGUUGGAGGCCAUGAUGAACAAUAUCACAACAUUACUGAUCAUGGUAAUGGAAAACUGGGUAGGCUUUCGAGGCUGCCCUAUCUACCUAUCCCGGAAGAUGGCGUGCCUUCCGGCAGGAAUUUGGGACUCGUCCUCCAUUGCCUCACAGAGAAUGCCGGUUGGAAUGGCUCCAGAGGCAGAGAGAGGUGGGCGAGGAGAUAGUAAUGAUCCGGGAGUAUAAUGAGCAGCUUAAGCGUGAGAAGGGUAGCAACAGGCCCAGCCGCCCAGAUUGACCGAUAUGAGAUGGUGAGAUGGCUAGCUUGACUCAGAUCCCCAAAUCUUGGGACUUGAACCAACCACGGAAUGUGGAGUUUGCAGCCUGAGGGAGCAGGGUGUUUGAGCAGCUGCCUGUGGGAAUUGGGAAGGGUUCUGGAGUCCGAGACGUUAGGUCCCAGUGUUGACCUAGAGGAGUAGGGGUAGACUUAGGAAGAGUUCGAAGGAGGUGAUACACAGGACUAAAGACUCUACGAUCUUAUCGCGGUUCAGUGGAAAUGAAAGGAAGCUUGUAUUAUAUUAUAUUCAAGCAGGAGGAUUUGAAUUUGCCUACAAUUGACCCAGAGUCUCUGGAAUUUCUGGCAUAUGUGAGGCUCAAUGUCUUAGAGCUUAACCAUUGAAAUGCUCUUCAAGAUCAGGCCGUAAGAAUGCAUCAUCCGUCGUGGAGCAUAUUCAAACUUUAAGAGCUAUUUCAUAUGAUCAUGUUCUUCAAAGAGAUGACCAGUUUAUCCGCAAUUUGAUACGAGAGAAGAAUCGCUUGUUCAUGGGUACCAGCCACGUGUAUACCUUUUCCUGCUGCGAUGCAAAUCCAUUAAAGCUAGUGCAUGGAGAUUAUGUUCUUAAGUUUUCUACCCCAUCAAACUCAGAUUACCUGAAUGAAGUGUUGAUGCACAAUUUCCUUCAACAUAAAUCAUUUAUUUCCUUAGUGGGAUAUGGGGCAGGCUGCUCGGAGAAUUCAGCUGUUAUAAUUCUACCAUACAAAAAAAGGAAGCUUUAAGCCAACAUUUGAAAGUGUUUCUUGGCCACACAUGCUCAAGCUAUUACGCGAUCUUGCAUUUUCCAUACAUCUGGUGCACACUUCUCGCUUGGUGUUAUGCGAUCUUAAGCCGGAAAAUAUUUUAGUAGAUGAUGAUGACACAUUAAUACUAUGUGAUUUUGGUAGUGUCUCAUGGAAAGGCUAUAUAGCUGGUAGAGGAACAAGACCAUACUCAGAUGGGUAUUAUGAUGCAUAUCCUGCUAGUGACAUGUUUAGUUAUGGAAUGAUCAUUUCGGAAAUCCUCUUAGAACAUUGGUCAUCAACACUAUCAUUGCCCGAAAUUCUUAGCCUGCUCCAAGAUACUGAGCCGAUCAUUAGGGAACAUUUGAAGAGGACUGGACUGACAGGCGAUAUAGUAGCAUCACAGGUUCUUAGAUUAGCUGCAGAUUGCAUGCGUGAUAAUAUGGAUGAGCGCCCAUCUGCCCUUGUCAUCAUACAUAGACUGGAUGAUCUCAUGAGCCUUUGUUGUAAGCAACCUAGUCAUCAGGUCCAAGACAUCACGACCAUGGGAAUGAAGCUGCCACGGAAGAGCUGGAAGGGUCUUCCAAUCUGGUUAACGAUUGGUGCCCUAUUCAUUGCUUCUGCAUGUUCUUUUCUUCGGUAUGCUUCUCAAUUCUUCAAUUGCUUUUUGUUAAAAACGGGUCUGUGUUGUCCCCUUGGUUGGUUUAUUUCCACUACUACAAGCAGGUCUUGAAUUUUGCUGAAAGUGGCCUGAAAUGCAUUUUUAUGUUUGAUCUGCACAAGCAUCUGUUCAAUUAUCUGACCCGUUCUUAAUUAUGACUCUGGGAGUUUGAAUAAUUUGAACUGAACCAA